CAGAUCAGUUUUUAUUUUGGCAGCAUGGAGAACGCCAAGAAGGGCCCCCCCAAGACCUUAAAAUACAAGCCGCUUGUUCGCAUUGGGAUUGCCGUCCUGGUGCUGCACACCGUCUGCUGGUUGGGAUGGAAUGCGGUGAAUCCUGGAGCAGAGUCCAGCAAUGCGGCGGCCACAGCCAAUGCCCAUCAUGAACGCUUGCGGGCGGCCAUCGAACAGAAGUGACCCGCCUGUGACGUAAUGGCCAGCAAGUUUUGAUAAAUGUGAAUUGAUAUGUGACUAUAACAGUAAACAAGAAGUACAAUUAACCGAAAAAUGGAACAGAAAUGAAUUUGUGUGGAAGGAACAUAGAGAGAGAGAGAGGGAGAGAUCAACAAAGUGCAAGAAGCUUUUCCGCUCUCGAUCUCUAUGAAAUGCUUGCUUAAAGCUUUCGAAUACAAAAGCAAAACAAAGCUUUGGCUUCAAAGCCAACUCUGUGUGUUUUCUAAACUCGGUUUAGUUCUGCAGCUCUGGAGUUCGAGACCAGUAAUCAUUCUUCUUACAAAAAGGGUUCUGACACUUCGAAAUGCUUUCGAAACUACUUCUGAUCUUUGGAUUUCUGCUGAUGAGCUGGCAGUGGGCGCAAACCAUGCCCAGCCACAGCCGCUCGGCUACAACCGAGCAACCAGCCCAAAACGUCCAGAACUUCUCAGGGUUUGUCUUGCAGAGCAUCUUUGACCUGCCGCCCAACUGCAAGCCCGGCGAGGUGGCCACUGGGCCACAUCAAAGGUGUCGCCACCAGGCCUAAGGACUGGACAAUACUUUUAACGAAUCGUAUGAGUCUCCCACCUCUGUGGAAUGUACGCGAGAUGGAGACGUGUUCUAAGCUCUGUUUUAUAAAUAAAUAUUCAUAAAUAAACGAGUGCACAUAAAUA